UAUCCCUGUUUUUCUUUGAAGAAAAGUUAUCCCAAAUUUGGCCAAAUUACCGAAGUAGUUCAUUAUUCGAAAUUCAUACCAAAAAUAAAAUAAAUAUAAAUAAUUCAAUUUCAAUGCAAUAAUUUGUCGUCGUUUUUCAGAUUUGCCUUCUAAUUAAAUUAUGUCAGAAUUACGAACCGUACUUGUCGCUGGUGGAACUGGUUUUAUUGGAUCUCAUCUCUGUAUGUUCUUACGAAAACAUGGAUAUGGCAUACAAAUUAUAUCUCGAAUGCCUGGUCCAUUGAAUAUUUCUUGGAAUGAUCUAAUGUCUAAAGGACUACCAGAAAAAAUUGAUGCUGUUGUGAAUGUAUCUGGUCAAAAUGUUUUGGAUAUAAAGCAGAGAUGGUCUCCUGGUUUCAAGCAAAAUGUAUAUAACUCUAGAAUAAACACCAACAAAGCAUUAGCAAAUGCUAUAAUGGAUGCUCGCCAUAAGCCAAAAGUUUUUAUUACAAUCUCAGGUGUUGGAAUCUAUAAACCCGAUCUGAAAAAGGAGUAUAACGAAUAUUCAGAUGUGGAAGGAUAUGAUUUUCUGUCGAAAAUGUGUCUAGAUUGGGAAAAAGCUGCUCGUUUAGAAGAGAAUGCAUGCAGGCAGGUUAAUAUACGAAGUGGUGUAGUUCUAGAAAGGGAUGGAGGUAUGAUACAACAACUCUAUACGCCAUUUUUCCUCGGUUUAGGAGGACCUGUGAUGCCAGGAUCACAGUAUUUACCAUGGAUUCACAUGAUGGAUCUUUGCAGAAUGUUCUUAUUUUGUAUUGAAAAUGAUAAAGUGAAUGGAACUCUUAAUGGAGUGGCUCCUCAAAUCAUAAGUAAUUCAGAUUUCUCUGAAGCCUUUGCUAAAGCGAUGAAAAGACCUAGUUUUUUUCCAGUACCUGAGUUGGUACUGAAUAUCAUGUUGGGAAGAGACAGAGCCAGUAUGUUGACCAAGGGACAAAAAGUUUUUCCAAAAAGAAUAUUGGACAUGGGAUUUUCUUAUAAAUUCCCUACUAUAGAAGAUGCCUGUAAAGAGAUUGUAGCGAAACCUAUAAAUUAAUUUUUGAAAUCUUUGAAAAGUAUUUUCUGAUGUUAAUUAUUGGAAUAUGAUUUGACUGAUUUGGUGAAACUAUGUGAUAUGAACAACUUAUUAUUGAUUAAAUACUAUUGUUACUUUUAGUUACAUAAUUAAACAAUUUUGCAAUUUUAA